AUGACAGCUCAAUCAAAUGAGAAAUCCAAAAGAAUAAAACCCAUUUUGAAUGGCUUGAUCUCGGGUCUAUUAUUAGUAAUUUUGUUCUUGUCAGUGACAAGAUAUUUAACAGAACCACAAGACAAUGAUCGCUGCCAUGGCAUGUUGAAUGAAGGCAAAUGGAUGACCGACGAGUAUCAGCAAUGGCAGCCCUCCGGAUGCAUGUCUCUGACAUAUACCCAGAAGGAAAUCGACGCAUGCCUAGGUCAUAAAAGGAUUGUGUACAUUGGCGAUUCCAUCAUGCGCGAGCAGUAUUAUGCCAUGACCCACUUUCUCAAGAAACCAACAUCGAAGAUGAGAGAUGCCAUUCACGAAGAUCAGUCAUUCUACUCCAAGGAACAGGACAUCUCAAUCGAGAUUUGGUGGGAUCCUUACCUCAAUACCACCAAGACACUGGAUUUACUGCAAGGCAAGGUGCAAGGCCAGAAACCAAGUUUACUCAUCAUGGGUUCUGGUAUCUGGUACAUGAGACGAACUGGCAGCGACUACUUACAUUUAUGGAAAACAGCAGUAGACAGAGUCUUUGAUGCUGCCCUGAACAAUCGCAUUGCCGACAAGAUCAUGCUAUCGCCUGUGGAGAUUGUGGAAUACCCCUUGCUGAUUCCCGAGCGCAAAGCAACCUUGAAAUUCGACAAAAUUACCAUCAUGAAUAACUACCUCAGAGAGAGAAUCUCAUUGCUUCAUCGCCCUGUGACACCCAUGGUCGUACCAUUUGUAUGGAACGAAAUAGUUACCUCUUCCAAAAAUCAAACAAAGGACGGACUUCACUUUAUGGAACCAGUAACCAAGGCACAAGCACAACUGGCAUUGAACUAUUGUUGCAACAGUGAGCACGUCAAAGUGCUCUCUUUUCCCAUUGACACGACAUGCUGCUACAAUUACCCCAGGCCUGUUUGGUACCAAACGUUGAUCUUUUGCUUCUUUCUGUUCUUUGUGCCUCUCGGGUUCUAUGUAUUCUACACUUCCAAUAACUAUGGUGGGCGUAUCAUGGAUGCCAUCAGCUGGGCAUUUCCUUCUUCUGCAGAGACAUUGACAGCACUCUUUGUGUUUGGCCUGGCUGUGCUUUACAUGUACCUGGGUGAUCGUAGCCAGCUGUUUGGAAAGAUGUUCAAGCAAUUUGACGCCAACACAUUUACGUUAUUAAUUGUAUGGAUGGUCAUCCUUGGCGCUGUUACACUAAAAUCAAAUCACAACAGCAGCAGUGAGAAAAACGACGAUGCUGGCUUUUUAAACAGAGAUCAAACUGAUGAAUGGAAGGGUUGGAUGCAACUGGUGAUUCUGAUCUAUCAUUUUGUCGGUGCGUCCCGUAUUGCUGGCAUCUACAAUCCUGUCAGAGUCUUGGUCGCUGCCUAUCUGUUUCAAACAGGCUAUGGCCACUUUUUCUUCUUUUACAAAAAGGCUGAUUUUGGCAUUGCUCGUAUUCUCAGUGUCAUGGUGCGUUUGAAUCUGCUCACUUGUGUGUUGGCUUACUCGAUGAAGACGGACUACUUGUUCUACUACUUUUCUCCUUUGGUCAGCUUCUGGUUUAGUGUCAUCUGGAUCACCAUGCGCAUCAUGCCCAGCUACAACAAGAAGCCUUGGUUCAUUCUGUCUAAAAUGCUGGUCAUGGCUGUGCUGACUGGUGUCAUUAUCCACUCUCCUGGUGUCUUGGAGUUCAGUUUUGACUGUCUCAAUGCCUUGUUUCGUAUCCAGUGGAACGUGACCGAGUGGCGAUUCAGGCUCUCACUCGACGCUUGGAUCGUAUACGUUGGUAUGCUGUGUGCCUAUGUCACUAUCCUGCUUUCAGAGUACAAGAUCAGUGCAAACCAUCCCCGAUUCUGGUUCCUGGCUAAAUUGGCAUGCUUGAUCAUUGCUGUUUUGGGAAUGAUGGGAUUCUUUGCGUUUGAAUUAACACAAUCUAAAUCAUCAUACACGGCUUACCAUCCUUAUAUGUCAUGGGUCCCUAUUCUUUCCUUUGUCGUUUUACGUAACUACACUCGCCGGGGACGUAAUACUUACUCCCGUUUCUUUGCUUUUAUCGGUAAGAUCUCUCUGGAAACCUUUAUUGGCCAAUUUCACAUGUGGCUGGCUGCUGAUACUCGUGGUCUGUUGGUGAUCCUCCCUCAUGCUAGCUGGGUGGUGAAAUCUCAGCUAGGCUGGUGGGUGAAUCUGCUGGUGUCCAGUGUUGUAUUUGUCUUUGUAUGCUAUCAUUUGAGUCAAGCCACUGGUGUUUUGACUAAAUGGAUCUGUUCUGGUGCUCAACAGCAACAGAAAGACAAGGCAGCAGCUACUGUCACCACUGCAACUAGCACCGCUGACAAAUCUCAUCCAACAUCAGCUGCUGAUUCAGUGCCCUUACUACCUACCACGCACAAGACAUCUUCCGAUGGCGACUCCUCUGCCUCAAGCCUGUCAAUGGAUGACGAACUUGCUCUUACCAAAGGACCUGCUCAGCUCCAAGUAGAGCGUGCGAGUGAGGAGUCUGCUAUUGAUAUGGACCAAGUCUGGGAUGAAUCACUCUACGCAUCUUCGUCAAGAAAAACGUCAUGGUACCAGUCAAUGUACGCUUCCGUCACAGGCAAUUACUGGGUCAAAUCUGUCAUGUGUCUGGUCGUGAUGGGCAUCAUUAAUCGAUUCUGUGUUGCCGCUUGA